UGCCGCAGUUUCCACUGCAGUUUCCCUUGGUGUCCCUGUUGCAUUUUCUCCUAGGAAAAUGGCGGCCCCCGAGCAGCCCCUGCCCAACUCAAGAGGUUACCAGAGCUCUUCACCUUCGCCGCCGCGCGGUGACCGAACCCUUCUGGUGCGGCACCUUCCCGCGGAGCUGACCGCAGAGGAGAAAGAGGACUUGCUCAAGUACUUCGGCGCGCAGUCGGUCCGCGUUCUGUCAGAUAAGGGGCGACUGAAACAUACAGCUUUUGCUACUUUCCCCAAUGAAGGCACAGCUCUAAAGGCACUCACAAGACUUCAUCAGCUGAAACUUUUAGGGCAUACUUUAGUUGUUGAAUUUGCAAGAGACCAAGGUCAAAGUCAUUCUUUAUCUCCUUCAAACAGUGAAAAAAGGAAAAGGUCUGAUGACCCUAUGGAAGAUGAUAAAGAAAAGAAAGAAGUUGGUUUUUUAACAGUAGAAAAUGGAAUUGCACCAAAUCAUGGACUGACCUUUCCUCUUAAUUCAUGCCUGAAAUAUAUGUAUCCACCACCUUCUAGCACAAUCUUAGCAAAUAUAGUGAAUGCCUUGGCAAGCGUGCCUAAGUUCUAUGUUCAGGUGCUUCAUCUUAUGAAUAAAAUGAAUUUGCCCACACCUUUUGGACCAAUUACUACACGACCUCCCCUGUAUGAAGAUUAUAUGCCAUUGCAUGCACCUCUUCCACCAACAUCUCCUCAACCACCUGAGGAGCCUCCUCUGCCAGAUGAGGAUGAGGAAUUAUCAAGUCAAGAGUCAGAAUAUGAAAGCAGUGACGAUGAGGACCGACAAAGAAUGACAAAACUGAUGGAACUAGCAAAUCUUCAGCCUAAAAGACCAAAACCAGUAAAGCAACACCAUGUGAGGAAAAAACGAAAAAUAAAAGAUAUGUUAAAGACACCUUCAUCUGUUUCACACAGUAAUUUACAUCCGGUGCUGUUACCUUCAGACGUAUUUGACCAACCACAACCUGUAGGUAAUAAAAAAAUUGAAUUCCAUAUAUCUACUGGCAUGCCUGGAGCAACUAAGAAAGAUUUAGAAAAGGAAGAAAAUUGUGAGGAAGAAAAUCACGAUUUGUCUGAUACUGAAGUUGAUACAACUAAUGUAGGAUUUGGAAAAAUCUUCCCAACACCUAAUUUGAACAUCACAGAAGAUGUUAAAGAAGACUCUGAUGAAAUGCCUUCAGAAUUUAUUUCUAGGAAAGAGUUGAAAAAGGGCAAAAUCUCUAAAGAAGAAAUGGAAACACUUUCAAUUUUCAGAAGUUAUGAACCUGGUGAACCAAACUGUAGAAUAUAUGUAAAGAAUUUAGCCAAACAUGUACAAGAAAAGGACCUUAAAUAUAUUUUUGGAAGAUACGUUGACUUUUCAUCAGAAACAGAACGGAUUAUGUUUGAUAUUCGCUUGAUGAAAGAAGGCCGCAUGAAAGGACAAGCUUUUAUUGGGCUUCCAAAUGAAAAGGCAGCAGCCAAAGCGUUAAAGGAAGCGAAUGGAUAUGUUCUUUUGGGAAAACCAAUGGUGGUUCAGUUUGCUCGCUCUGCUAGACCAAAACAAGAUUCCAAAGAUGGAAAGAGAAAAUGUUAAACAUUAGUAAAGGU